AUGCAAUAUUCUAAUUUAAGAAGUAGAAUUGAUAAGUUUUUAUUAGAAGAAAAAAAGUUUUUAGUCAAAAGCAUAAUUAAAAAAAAACAAAUAAAUAUUUCUUACAAAACAAAGAAUGUGUAAAAAAAAGGAUAUUUUAUCUUUUUUAAAAUGAAUCAGGAUAAGAAUUUAAAACACAUGCAACAUAUUCCUUUUAAAAAGCCAAAUAAAUUUUUGAUCACAAAUUUCAUGCCAUUUAUUCCUCUUGGGAAUCUUGAAGCUACAAAAAAUCCUAAAGAAAGCAUCUAAUAUUAAAAAAGAAUUAAAGAACUCAUUUAAAACUAAAUAAAAAGAAAUAUUUCAAUUAAAAAUGUUUUAUAAACUCAUUUUAUUAAUUGCUUUAACGAAUAAAUUAACUUCUUUGAUAGUUUAUAAGUUUACCUGAGCCAUUUUAAAGAUAAUUGA